ACAUAAAUACACUUCUCUCAAUUCUCAAACUCCCCAUCCACUAAAACGUGACUUUGCAACAUUCUUCUUCGUAAAUUCCGCCCUCUGCAAAAAAAAAACUCUCCAUUUCUUUCCCUCGUCGGAAAAAAAAACCCAAACUUUCCGGCGAGAAAAAGAAUGUCUCAAUCCACAACUUUCUCUCUCCUCACACCCACAAAAACCCCACCUUUCAAAACCCUUUUUAAACCCUCAAUCUCUCUCCGUCCUUCAAUUUUACCCAUCAAAUCAGAACAACCCAGAUCAACCCACAUCCCUCUCGCCGUCGCCAUUGAUGGAGCUCCGGCGACUGUAUCUCCGGUGGUUCCAGAAUCUUCCAUAGAAGUUGACUGUGUAAGUUCAUCAGAGAUGAAGGAAAAUGGGUUUCGUAGCACGCGUAGGACUAAACUUAUGUGCACAAUUGGGCCUAGUACGUGUGAGUUUGACACGAUUGAGGGUUUAGCUUUAGGUGGGAUGAAUGUGGCAAGGUUGAAUAUGUGUCAUAAUACUAGAGAAUGGCAUAAGGAAGUGAUUGAACAUGUGAGAAGGUUGAAUGAAGAAAAGGGUUUUGCUGUUGCGGUUAUGAUGGAUACUCAAGGGAGUGAGAUUCAUAUGGGUGAUUUAGGUGGUGCUUCUUCUGUUAAAGCUGAGGAUGGUCAUAUUUGGACCUUUAGCAUCCGGUCUUUUGAUGCAGAUCACCCAGAGCGCACCGUUAGUGUGAGUUAUGAUGGUUUUGCUGAAGAUGUUGAAGUGGGUGAUGAACUUCUCGUGGAUGGGGGUAUGGUCCGCUUUGAGGUUGUUGAGAAAGUUGGCCCCGAUAUCAAGUGCUUGUGCACUGAUCCUGGUUUAUUGUUGCCUCGCGCUAAUCUGGCGUUGUGGAGGAAGGGAAGACUGGUUCAACAACGUAACAGUAUGCUCCCAACAAUCACAUCUAAGGAUUGGCUGGAUAUUGAUUUUGCGAUAGCCGAAGGCGUGGAUUUUAUUGCAUUGUCUUUUGUGCGCUCAGCUGAUACAAUCAACCAUCUGCGAAGUUACAUAGCUGCUCGAUCUCCUGACAGGGAUGUUGCUGUAAUUGCUAAAAUAGAGAGUGUUGAUUCGCUGAAGAACUUGGAAGAGAUCAUACGAGCUUCUGAUGGAGCUAUGGUUGCUAGAGGGGACAUGGGUUCACAGAUACCUCUGGAGCAGGUUCCAUUUGCUCAGCAGAGAAUUGUUCAUCUGUGCAGGCAGCUCAAUAAGCCCGUUAUUGUUGCCUCUCAGCUCCUUGAAUCCAUGAUUGAGUAUCCCAUACCUACUAGAGCUGAAGUUGCUGAUGUGUCUGAAGCAGUCCGGCAGCAAGCUGAUGCGUUGAUGCUCUCUGGUGAAUCAGCUAUGGGUCUAUACCCUGACAAGGCAUUAGCUGUUCUUAGGAAUGUCAGCCUGCGAAUUGAGAAGUGGUGCAGAGAGGACAAGCUUAGUGAAGAAUUGGAACUUCCCAGUAUAUCAACUUCAUUGCCGGCUGUUAUAAAAGAAGAGAUAUGCUCUUCUGCUGCUAAAAUGGCGAGCAGCCUGCAAGUGGAUGCAUUGUUUGUUUACACGACCGAUGGACACAUGGGAUCUCUCCUUUCACGGUGGCGACCAGACUGCCCCAUAUUUGCUUUUACACCCACUGCUUCUGUGCGGAAACGUUUGAAUCUGCAAUGGGGUUUGAUCCCUUUCCGGUUGGACUUUGCCGAAGACAUGGACAGGAAUUUGAGCAAAACUUUCUCAUUAUUAAAAAUAAAAGGCAUGAUCAAGUCUGGAGACCGUAUUGUUGCUGUUUCUGAUAUGCUACAAACCAUCCAGGUAAGGAUUGUUCCUUGAGACCAUGAUCAUGCCUAAUUAUGUGCUAUUUAUAUGACAUCGGAGUAAUUCUGUACUUGUUUUAGGAUAAUUAGGAGUUCUGUAUUUGUGUGUGUUUUUUUAUAGUUCACCCUUCAAUGUGAUUGUUUAGGUAUCACUGUUUCACAUUCUUUCCUAGAUUUAUAGAUCUGUUAGUGUAUUCGACUCUUUGCUUCUUGGUCGUGUAAUAAGUACAAUUGCAACUACCUGUUGAGUUUUGAUAUUGUUGUAAUUCUGAUAAUUGUAAAAUUUGUUAGUAA